AUGAAAAUCAAGGAAUCAAUAACCAGAAAUCAAAGAACAAGGGCCAUGGAUCGACAAUCAGGUAGCAUCAAUGAAGAACUAGGAAUCAGAGUCCAGGUAUCGUGGAUCGGGAAUCAGGCGCCAGGAAUUAGGAACCAGGAAUCAAGGACCAGGAGUCAAAAACCACGAAUCGAAGACUUGAAUUCAAAGACCAGGAUUCAAGGGCCAGGAAUCGAGAAUCGAGGAUUAAGGAUCGGGAAUCAAAGAGCAGGAAUCAAGAUCCAAGAUAAAGACCAGGAAUCAAGGACCAGGAAUAGAGGACUAGGAAUAAAGGGCCAGGAAUCAAAGACCAAGAAUCGAGGAUCAGCAAUCAAAGACCUAGAAUCAAGGACUCAACGACCAGGAAUCAAGAACCAAGAAUUAAGGGCAAGGAAUCAAAGAUCUGGAGCCAAGAACCAGGAAUCAAAGACUAGGAAUCAAGGACGAAUGUUCAAGGACCAGGAUUCAAUAACAAAUAGCAGGAAUCAAGGACCUGGAAUCAAGGACAGGAGAACAAGGGCUAGGACUCAAGGACCAGGAAUCAAGGACAGGAUAACAAGGGCUAGGAAUCCAGGACCAGGAAUCAAGGGACCAGGAAUCAAGGGCCAGGAAUCAAGGACCAAGAACCAAGAGCUAGGAAUCAAGUAUAAGGAAUCAUGGACCAGUAGUCAAAGGUCAGGAACCAAGGGUCAGGAAUCAAGGGUAAUCAAGGACCAGGAAUCAAGUGUCAGAAUCAAGGACCAGGAAUCCAGGACCAGGAAUCAAGAGCCAAGAAUCAAGGACCAAGAACCAAGAAGCUAG